AUGGAUGGUGUCAUUCAACCACAACACGAUGAAAAAUUGUUGUCACCAUCAUCAUUAUUAUCUACAAUCAACACUGACAAAAUUCAAGUCAUCAAAUCAUCGUUAUCAAAAAAUAUUCAAAUAUUCGAAUCAUCAUCGUCGAACAACAUCGAAAACUUCAAGCAACCGAAUCUAUAA